AUGUCCACCAUGAAUAAUAAUCCGCGCCUGACUGCAUUGCAAACUCGCAUGUUUCAAGCAAAAGAAGAACGCCACCUGAGAUUUCAAGAUAUUGGGGAUCGGCUAGGAUUGGAUGAAAUAUAUAUCGCCGCUUUAUUUUAUGGCCAGGUCAAACCGACUCUUGAAGAGUUGGAGGCAUUAUCCGAAGUACUGAAUAUUCCACUGGCCCACCUAAAAGAGGAGUAUGGUGCUCACUAUUUUCCAGAUCGUGGAGGUCUUAUGAGUACUCCGCCCACUGAUCCGACGUUAUAUCGUUUGUAUGAAAUAUUACAAGUUUACGGCUAUCCCUUGAAAUCAGUCAUCCAUGAAAAGUUUGGCGACGGUAUCAUGUCCGCUGUCGAUUUCACGGCUACAGUAGACAAGGUGGAAACAGAAAAAGGGGAUCGAGUAAAAAUCACUCUGAAUGGGAAAUUUCUACCUUACAAUCGUUGGUGA